AUGAGCCUAAAUAAUUUCCUGGGAAGAUUACAAGAUCAUGAGAUCACCGAGCUGGCACAAUUAGUACCGAAAGGGGCUAAAGAUCGCUACUGGAAGUUGUUGCAAAUUGAAGCCAAACAUCUACGCGUGAGCUUGGUUUUGAGUACAAAAGAAUGUUAA